GAGAGCUCAAGUGCUCCUUUUCCACGAAGCGGUAAGCAAGCUCCACAGUUACCACCCUCCGUUGUCUGUAGCUACAUCGUAUUCUAAUCUACAUCCUCGGUGAAUUGCUUGCACAUGGUGCAUAAAACCCGAGCGUUUGAAACGCAUAAUUGAGUAGCGUGUUUUAAAUUCAGAUACAAGCUUUGUACGGAUAUAUAACUACCGAGUUUUGAUAACGAAAGCAGCUUGCCACAGUUAUUUCGGGCACGAGGACACGGAAUUCCCCGGGUAAGACCGAAAGUGGAGGAAACAACUUCCUGACUAUUCAACAUGUCAGCCGAAGACACGGUGAGACGUAAUAAGACAGCCAUUGUGCAGAAUUUGUGUGGAGACUACAUGCUAAUCCUCAACAAAGUUCAUCAGAAUGAGCUGAUAACUCAGCGUGAGUACAGGAACCUUAAAAGCAUCGACAAGGAAGAUGUAGAGGGCCACGUCGUUAGGCUCGUGGACAAGCUCAUGAACAAAGGUGAGGACAGCUGCAAAGCCUUCCUGAACCUCCUGCAAACUGAUGCGGAAAUUGUAGCUACUUACCCUAAACUGAAGAGCAUGCAGUUGAAGGACACCAGCAUUUUAACCAAGCCUGUCCAAGCUUGUUCAGGUGAUGUCAGUGAGAGCAAGAGGCCAAAGGAGGAGAAGCUGUAUGAGUUGAACAGUAAGCCCACCGGCCUCUGUGUGAUCAUAAACAAUGAGAAUUUCAACUAUAGAAAGGAGAAGAAAAAGAGAAGUGGAACCAACAAAGAUGCUGAAGAUUUGGCAGAGGUGUUCAGCCGGCUGGGCUUCAGAGCACUGAUGUGUAAAGACCAAACCAAGGACCAGAUGGAGCGAGCGCUGAAAUGCUUUGCUUCUCAGAGCGACCUCGCUCAGCUGCGGGAGUUCAAUGUUGAGGAGUGGUCUGGCAGCGGAUUCACUCCUCUUCAAGAGGCUCCUCGACAUGGCGAUGCCUUCGUCUGCUGUAUUCUCAGUCACGGAGGGAAGGGUGUAGUCUUCGGUGUUGACGAUCAGCCCCUUUCCAUCAAAACAAUAACUGGAACAUUCAAGACCGCUCAGUCGACCCUCACCGGCAAGCCCAAAGUGUUCCUGAUCCAGGCCUGUCAGGGAGGGCAGACACAGCGUAGAGUGUCAUUAGAAGCUGAUGAUUCUCCCUCGCCAUCCACCCCUGAGGAUGCUGAUUUUCUGGUUGCCAUUGCCUCUGUUGGAGAUUUUCAAUCAUACAGACACAGCAUAAAUGGGAGCUGGUUCGUCCAAUCUUUGUGUCAGCAGCUAAAGGAGGGCUGUAAGAGGAGUGAACACAUUCUCAACAUCCUCGUCGACGUGAACUAUGAAGUGGCCCAGAAAGAGGGUUACGUGGAAGAUGAGUCAGAGGGUGACGUGAAAUAUAAGUUGGUAAAGCAGAUGCCUGAAGUUACGUACACCCUGACAAAGAGACUCGUGUUGUCUCCACAUCGCAACUGAAGCUUCAUCGCCAACAUUCAUGCAAACUCACUAUGCUCGAUGUCUUAAUUAUGGACCUAUAAUUUACUCUGGGGGAGGGCUUUCUUAAAAUGUACUCAUUGUAUCAUUCAAAAUCUUGUAUUUUUAUCACAUUAAACCAUUUACUUUUAUAUUUUCACAGA